AUGGAAGACAUUUACAUGUAUUCUGCUUUUUGGGAUAAUAGAUCUACCAAUGCUUCAUUUGUUCGGGUUAUAGGUGCUGCUUCUGAUAUCGAAAGAAAAGUUAACAUUUUGAAAUGCUUGCUUAAAUUUGAUAAAAAUGAAAGAACUUACCACGAAGUACCUGUGUCAUUCGAUAUCAUCAUUGAGCACCACAACAAACUUUUUAAAGUAGUUUAUCUGAAAUGCAUUCCUGAACUUGAACUGGCGCCACGAUUUGUAUCUAUAGUACCUCACGCUCAGAACAUAACAACAAAUGGUAUAAAAUGGAUUCAAGUUCAUGCCAUAAAAUCCGAAAUCAAAGCAAAGCGAAUUGGUUUAUGCGUGAGACCAAUGUUCAACUACACUGAUGUAUUUCGAAUUACGGAGUUUAUUGCAUACUAUGAAGCACUUGGAGUUGAUCAUUUUGCAUUCUACAAUUAUGAUUCUUCCACUGACAUACAAAAAAUGAUUAACUUAGCACAAAAGAAUAAUUACUCUAUAGACUGGUUACCAUGGAAUUUGCCUAUACGUCAUAGUAAAAUAUGGGCACUAGGACAAUUGGGAAGCAUCAAUGAUUGCUUCUACAGGUACAUGUCCGUUCUUUCGCACAUAGUUGUUGUCGAUUUAGAUGAGUUCAUCACUCCUCGGAAAGUAAAUAAUAUACAAGAACUGCUUGCUUCUCACGACAUCCCAGAAAAAAACACAUCCAGCUUUGUCAUCAGAAGUACAGUGUUCUGUUCAGAAUAUGAGAAAGAUACUUUUGAGGGCUAUAUUCCCCCCUUCGUGACUCAAACAAGCACUCGUCGAGAAAAAUACGUCUACCCCUUUCUUGUUCGAACAAAGUACAUUGCAAAGCCACACAGGGUUGUCGUUGCUGGUGUUCAUCAGGUUUGGGAAUUCCUGCCAGGGUAUGAAGAACGAUUUGUACCUGUAUCACAUGCCAUGGUUCAUCAUUAUCGAGCAGAUCUGUGCGUAGGAGAAAGGCAACAAUUUCUAGACGCAGGAGUAAUUGAUGUUAUGUCAAGGAAAUACUUGAGUAACUUGCUAAAAUCCAAAGUUUUUGGAUUGUGGGAGAAAACCUUUUCGUCACGAAAGCUUUGUAGCUGA